GAUUUUUAUACCUAAUUUAAAUGGAACCUAAAAAAUUAAUAACAUUGGGAAAAGAACAGAAAAAGUAUGCAAAACCCAAGAAACUCACCCAUCUGCAUCUACAAGAAACCGCUUUGACAAGUAUUGUGAGUAUCAAUACAAUAAAAUGAAAAAAUUUGCAGACCCACGUAAAUUUAAUUUACAGAAAAAAAUAGAGUCAAUACAUUUGGAAACGUUGUACAUAUACAACAACAGGAUAAAAUAUUUGGAAAAUUUGGAAAAAAUACCGAACCUAACGAGUCUAUAUUUGCAAAGAAACUACAUAGAAAAAUUGGAAAACCUACGUCAUCUUAAAAACCUGAAAAGAUUGUACAUAGGAUACAACAAAAUUAAAGUUUUGGAGGGCCUGGAUGAUUUAAAGUGUUUAGAAGAGUUGCAUAUCGAAAAACAGCAACUAAGUCCUGGAGAUUGUUUUUGUUUUGACCCCAGAACAAUCUACCAUUUAGCAAAAUCUCUGAAAGUCCUAAACGUUUCAAAUAACAAAGUAACCACAUUCAAAUACUUGGCACCACUAACCAAUUUAACAUGGAUUGACGUAAGCCACAACGACCUGGAUUCCAUAUCGGAUAUAUGCGAGAUAAUCCGAUAUUGGCCUCACCUUAAAACAGCCAUAUUAACUGGAAAUCCAAUUUCCAAACAACACAGAUACAGGGAGACCAUCAUAGCAAAUUGCUAUCAGCUUGAGUGCUUGGAUGGCAAAAAAAUUACCGAUUUAACCAGAACUUUCAUAAAGAGAUUCCAGCGCGAAAGAAAGAAUAAGAAAUCGAAAGCUUCACUCAAUUUAGCAGAGCAUAUUCCAGGAGUGCCGAAAAAUUACCCCCACACAUUGCAAAAAGCAGUCUCAGCCUCAUUAAUUACAAAUAAGCUCAACGAGCUUACUUUUGACCAAACCCCCACACAACAUAUACCCUGGAAAGCAUUACCUAAAAAAUCUCUACCAAAAUGCAGAUUCCCGAAAAUUACGAUGGCUUCCGGCGACCCUACCACUUAUAAAGGCUGUAUUAUAAGUUCUUUCCCCUAA